GUUGCGAUGAGUGAGUUGACGACGGCGGUACACGGCGCGCGGACUAAAAAUGAUUUAGAUAAGUGAACGAGAGUGUGGAGAAGACCUCUCUCGCCGCCGUACACAAUAUUCGAGUGUGUGUAAUAUUAUAUAUUGCGUGCACAUAGACCGAUUGAGUGUACGCACCACGCGAAAUAUUAUUAUAUUUUAUAAUAAGUUCGCCACGCAGGACGAAACGUGAUCAAUUUACCGUUUAUUAGGUUUUAUAGCAACAGACUGUUUACCUAAUAAUAUUAUGUUUUUAUCUAAGACAAAAAAUUAAAACAUAUAAAUACGAUUUCCGACUUCCGCCGCCCCACCGACGUUUUACUCGUGUUGCUCGACACGCGUUGCCGCAGAAGACGAUAACGGACAUAUUAUUAUACCUAUUAUUGUUGAUGUAUAUUUAUUAUAUAUUUAUAUUGGUUUUGUAUUCUUCCCCUCGUGUGCGUAACAAUAGAAGGGCAACAAUUUCUGGUUCAGACAAAAAGGGUGGACAUUAUUAAUUUCCUCUAGGGCAAGUUAAAAACGGAUUUUAUAUUUGAAUUUUACAAAAACUUAUAAAGGUGUUACCGCAAUUUCAGAAAAGGAUCCAAAAUGAAGCCCAGAAAAAGACAUUAUUCACGAAGUUCAUAUAACAUGCAAAAUAGUUCCCGAAUGGCUUCGUCUACAGCAGACUUAAGUAUGGAUUUGAGUGGCGAUGAACAUUUCAAAAACAAAAGGAAAGGAUCCGCGCACGGUAGCGAUUUUGACGAUGACAACAAUGAUGAUUCAAGGUCUGUUCGAAAUGACAAUAACAAAAAACAUAAUCACAGCGAAAUCGAGAAGCGUAGAAGAGAUAAGAUGAAUUCAUAUAUUACUGAGCUAGCUAGUAUGAUACCAAUGUGUCAUACUAUGCCCCGAAAAUUAGAUAAACUGUCUGUGCUCAGGAUGGCCGUGCAACAUAUGAAGACAAUUCGAAGCACUGUUAAUUCAUAUACUGAAGGUCAUUAUAAGCCUUCAUUUUUAUCUGAUCAAGAUUUGAAAAAUUUAAUCACACAAGCUGCUGAAGGUUUUGUCCUCGCUGUAAGUUGUGAUCAUGGAAAGAUACUAUAUAUAUCUAAAUCUGUGACUCAGGUUCUAAAUUAUAUACCAGAGGACUUAGUCGGAAAUAAUGUAUUCGAUUAUAUUCAUCCGAAAGAUGUAGCUAAAGUAAAGGAACAACUUUCCUGUUCAGACUUUGGUCCUAGAGAUAAAUAUAUGAAUGCAAAUACAAUGUUACCGGUGCGUGCAGAAAUGAUGAAUACAUUAUCAAAAAUGUGUAGUGGAGCUAGGAGAUCAUUUUUUUGUCGAAUGAAGUGUAAAACAUAUGACAUAAAAGAAGAAGCAGACACGACUACUGGAUCAAAGUAUUCUCAAUCAGAUAGAAGAUAUAGUGUAAUUCAGUGUACUGGUUAUUUAAAACCCUGGACCCAGAUAAAUGAUUGUGAGGAUGUAUCUGGGAAGAGUUUGGGAUUAGAUGAAGAUAAUGAUGGUAAUGGCGUUCGAGUGGAUUCUGGAUCUGCCAACAAUACAUCAUGUUUGGUAGCCGUUGGUAGAAUUAUUAAUAAUUUGGCUUCUUCUUCACUUUUAUCGGACAUAGUAAAACCACCAUGUUUCACUUCAAAACACACAAUUGAUGGGAAGUUUCUGUCCGUGGAUCAAAGGGUUACAUAUAUAGUCGGUUUUUUACCUCAAGAAUUAUUAGGUACUAGCAUGUAUGAAUACUUUCAUCAAGAUGAUAUCGCUAGACUUGUUGAUAUUCAUAAAACAACACUUCAAGAGUGUACGCCAAAAGACACAGAGGUUUAUAAAUUUCGGGCUAAAGAUAAAACAUUUGUAAACUUACGAAGUGAAUGGAAAAGUUUUCGAAAUCCUUGGACUAAAGAUAUCGAAUUUAUUGUCGCGAAUAAUAUUUUAACUAGGGCAGAUUAUAAACCUGAUGGCAGUAACAAAUCAGAAUGUUCUUCACAGAGCCAAUCUCAAAACUAUUAUGAGAGUUAUACAGAUCAACCAUUGUCUACAAACCAACAACAGUUGGGUAAUAGAGAAAUACAAAAUUUAAUAACUUCACAUAUAGAAGCAAAUAAAAUUGGUAGACAUAUUGUCGAUACUGCAUUGGAUGUAAAGAAGACAGUUUGUGAUGUCGACAGUUCUCCUCCACAUACUCAACAGGAUACGAUAGAAGAAGUAGAGUCCAAGAAUGACCGUUUACAGUUUAUGAAUUCACCGUUGGCAAUGCUCAACGAACCCGGUACGCUGUCGAGUAAUGGUGGCGAUGGCGGCAAUGGUGAUACUGUUUCGUCGUAUACCGUGGUCCAGGAAAGCGUGAACUUGUUGAAUUCUACUAAUGCUAAUAGUGACUCAGGGAAUAUGCUCGGUGAAAUAAUGACACCGUCCCCACAACAGUUGUCUAAUUUGGGAACUAACGACGAGGCCGCUAUGGCCGUCAUUAUGAGCUUCUUGGAAGCCGACGCCGGACUUGGUGGACCUGUUGAUUUUUCCGGGUUACCAUGGCCUCUGCCGUAACGCGUAUAAUAACGAUUCAAUCAAUUAUAUUCAUUGUUUUGUGCAACUAAAUGUAGUAUUAUUUUUUAUAUUAUUCAAUAUCAGCCAUGUUAAUUACUAAAAUGAUAUUAAAUUAAACUUUGUAAAAAUUAAUUUAAUAAAUUUAUAUUCAUAUAA